AUGGAAGAAGUCAAUGAAAAGCUGGAGAAAGAUAUCGCACAACAUAGUAAAACACAAGAAAAAUUCAAGAAAAUGAAGGACAAUCUGUCUUGUUAUCGACGUUUUCUUCAAAUGCAUCAAAAUACUCUAAAUAAUGGACUGAAAAAUGUACGGUUAAGAAUUGAUGAUGUCAAGAUGCUAGUUAGUGAUAUGAAACAGUUGUAUGCAUUGAAUUCAAAUGAUGUGAAUAGUAAAGUUGAUAAUAACAAAAAGAAAUGUGAUGUCUCACAAGUUGUAAAUUUCAUCGAUGAUAAUAACGAUAAGAAUGAAAUUUUACAAAAGACUCUCAAUAAAAAAUCACAAGAAUUUGACUAUUUAACAGAUGCUCAUAGAAAGCUCACAGCAUGUUAUAAUAUGGUGCAUAAAAAGUUGACAGGAUAUUUAUACAAUGAACGUUUGAUUUAUAACAAUUUGACAAAAUUAUUCACAGCUUACAACCCUGACAUCAUCAUCAACAAUAAUAAUAAUACUGCUUAUGAUAAUCAAGUUAUUUCAGCCUCAGACAACUCUAUACUAUAUCAACUGACAAGUUUAUUGAGAAUUAUGGGUGCAAAUCAAGAUUUAGCAGACGACCUGGCUAGCCAAUUGGAUUCACUAAGAUCAAACUGUGAAAUAUCUACUACUGAACCAGUUCAACAAAAUGAUAUACAAGAGGUUACCCUUGAUGAGCUUACUUCUUUAGGUAUAAAACUUUCAGUGACUGAAAAACACCUAUAUGAACUGCGCAAAGAACAUGAAGAUUGUUUAACUGAAUUUAAACAAUGCAAUGAACAACUUAAUUUGUCAAAGCGUGUCAUCAAUCAACUGAAAGAUGAAUUGGAUCAGUACAAGAAUCUAAAUCAUCAAUUCAAACAGUCAUCUAUAAGUACUCAAACAAAUUGUUCCGAUGAACAGAUAUUCCCAUCAAUAAAGUUGGAUGAACAUAAUCCUUUUGUCAAAGAAUUACUAAACAGACUUGAACAAGCUGAACAAAAAGUCAGCCAGCUAACUGAUCUUAAUUCUACAAAUACACGGAAGUAUUCAGAAGAGAAUAUUGAACCAUUACAAACUAAUAAUCUUGAAUCAAAGGGUCCUGAAAACAAAUACGAUUUAGUUAAAUCUGUAAAAUCUCUGAAAAGUAAUGAUAUCACUCCUAGAACACUGAAUAAUAAAGAUGAAAAUGAAGAUUCACAUGAAGUUGAUCAAAUUACUACUCUACGUAAACGGAUAUCUGAAUUAGAAAGUGAUCGAGAAUGGUUAUAUAAAGAAAAUGAACGUCUUAGUGAACGUACAGAGAAACAGAGAAGAUUUACAGAGAAGUUGACUAAUCGUCUUUGUCAGUCAAAUGUACUCCAGCAAAUACAACAGUCUCAGUUGAAUCCCCUACAACCAUCAAUUCAACAAUCGCCAUCAUUUACUUAUUCAUUGUGCACUCAACCCACUCUUCUCCUCACUCAACCAGUGUCUAAUUCAAUACAACAUGAUUCUCAAAGCGCUUGUGUUAGGCCAUUAUGUGAAUGGAAUGUUACAAGUCCAUCUGUAUCACAUCGUAUUAAUGGAGUGAGUGAAGAAUUACCACACCAUCAUGAUGCAAAUUUACAUUCAUCUACAAUGAAAUUACCAACUUCUAAAAAUGGUACAACUGCAAAAAUGUCUGUAGUUGGACAAAGUUCUGAUCGAAACAUUGAAAUAAAACACGUAAAUAUGCCUUCUACCUGGUCUUUGGAUCAAGAAGGUGAUGAUGACGUCAUCCUAGAACCGGAAGUUGGAGAUUUGUUCACAGAUCAACAAUCAUUGAAUGCGCAUACCAUAAAAGAGGCUAAACGUAUAGGGAGGCAAAGAAUUAUGGACAGAAUGUGUCAUGAGACAUUCCUUCAACUGAAACCAGAACUGGAGCGUAGCAUAGAUAUGCAUAUGGGAGGUAACAGUUGUGAUUCAAUGGAGUUUCAUAGACCUUAUUUCAACUCAAAUUAUAAACUAACCGGGAGAUUGUAUCAAUCUUCUGUUUGGCGAACACGUCCUUCUCGAGAAAACCAUACAACAAGCCUUAUACUUUUGAAUGCUGAACGUAAUCUAAGGAAUAUGGAGCGAAGACGUCGAUUGCUUCCGGCUCCAGACUUCAAAUCUGACAACCAUUUACUAUCCAUGAAAGAUAAAUGCAUUAUUUAG